AACACACAAAGAUCUCUCUCUCACACACACAAACACAAUGGAACUUGAGCUAAGUCUUUCACCUCCCAAUCAAAGGAGACAACCAAUGAAGAAAACCUGCCAUGUUGGCAACACCACGACAAGAUAUCCUCUGGUUUCAUGGAAUCAUGAAGAAGAAGAUGAACCCAACAAAAAUUCCGUCAACGACGAUCACCAACAAGAUAUGGAUGGUGAAGGAGAAGGUUUAACUGGAUGGCCACCAUUGAAUUCAUGGAGGCGAAGGUUCAUUGAAGGUGUAGGGUUUAAUGGAAGGGUGGAUGAUGAAGAAGAAGGUGACAAUAUCCAUGUGAUGACUAACAACUACAAUGAGUCGUUGUUUGUGAAGGUGAAGAUGGAUGGAGUUGGAAUUGCAAGGAAAAUCGAUUUGAAUGCUUUUCAUUCGUAUCAAAUGCUCACCAACACAUUGCUCCACAUGUUUGACAAAUAUGUUGAAAUUCAUGAAGAUGGUGCAAGUUACACGCUCGUAUAUCAACACAAAGAUGGACAUUGGUUACUUGCACGAGACUUUCCAUGGGAAAUGUUCAUAGCUAGCGUACAACGUAUACGAUUGGCAAGGAACUAAUAUGCGCGGAUCCAAGAAUAUAUAUAUAAAGAUGUAUCACUCCCACAUAUAAGUAGCUUUUGAAGUGUAUAUGAUGUUAUUAUUUGAAUUGGUUAUGACCAAUCUAGUGAAUAACCAUUCAUGUAUUAGUUAGAAAUCAUUAUAAUAUGUUAAUCUUAUAUGUGGAUGCUCGUACAUUGAAAAAGUAAAUGUUAGCUAAGGAAAUUAAAGGCGAAAAAUCCAAGAUGAAAUUUAGACAUAAACAUGAAAACCUUAAACCAAGUUGAAGAAGAUUUACUUCGUAAGAAU